GCCCAAACUUAUUUAUCCAAUAUCUGCAGGCAUGGCUUCACAGCUGCAGGUUUUCUCCCCUCCAUCUGUGUCUUCCAGUGCCUUCUGCAGGGUGAAAAAAAUGAAAGUGGAGAGCUGUGCUUGGGAUGCUUCCAAUGAAGCGUACAGUUCUGUGGGCCAGUACAGCUUCAACCCCGCAGCGGGCCUCCCUUUCGGCUCCUCGAGCCUGGUCUUCCCCCCAGCAUCCCGGGGCCAGGUGGUGGUCCGUGCGGCAGACAGCACCGGGAGCCUCCCGCGGGGGUCCAGCCGCAGAACCUCCCACAACACCCACCACUCGGAGUCGCACUCCUCCCGCGGGCACAGGUACGGCGUGAAGAGGAAGAACGAGGAGGUGGAGAGCUCCGGAGGAAGUGGCAGCGUUCAGAUUCUGGAGGAGCUCUCAGCUCCUGCUUUCUCUGCGCGGACGGGAGGAGCAGGGACCACCGCCCAAUCCAUCCCCCACUCGGCCCCCACCACCAAAAGCAGCAGCUCCAAUGGGGAAGGGGAUUACCAGCUGGUCCAGCACGAGAUCCUCUGCUCCGUCGCCAACAGCUACGAAGUUCUUGAGUUUCUCGGCCGGGGCACGUUUGGGCAGGUGGCCAAGUGCUGGAAAAGAGGAACUAAUGAGAUUGUGGCCAUCAAGAUCCUGAAGAACCAUCCAUCAUAUGCACGUCAGGGACAGAUCGAGGUUAGCAUAUUGAACCGGCUGAGUGCGGAGAACGCUGAUGAGUUCAACUUUGUCCGCUCCUACGAGUGUUUCCAGCACAAGGGCCACACAUGUUUGGUGUUUGAAAUGCUCGAGCAGAACCUUUACGAUUUCCUGAAGCACAGUAAGUUCAGCCCACUGCCCCUGAGGCACAUCCGCCCCAUCCUGCAGCAGGUGGCCACGGCCCUGAUGAAGCUGAAGAGCCUGGGUCUCAUCCACGCUGAUCUGAAGCCUGAGAACAUCAUGCUUGUGGACCCCAUCCGACAGCCCUACAGGGUAAAGGUCAUUGACUUUGGGUCAGCCAGUCACGUCUCCAAAGCCGGCUGCUCAACUUACCUCCAGUCUCGCUACUACAGAGCCCCUGAGAUCAUCCUUGGUCUGCCGUUCUGUGAAGCCAUUGACAUGUGGUCACUGGGUUGUGUGAUUGCAGAGCUCUUUCUGGGCUGGCCGUUAUAUCCAGGAGCUUCAGAAUAUGACCAGGUCUCACAUGUUAUGUUACUGUUAUUAUCAGAAAAAAUAUUAGCUGUGAAGUCGUGCUUCCAGAACAUGGACAUCUGCAAGAGAAGGAACAGUAGCUUUGACAGUGGGAAAGCCCUGUUUGCUGCUAACACUGUUCCUGGAACUGCAGGAAACCUGACUGUGACCUUCAGCAGCCAGCUGAACCAGCACAGCCAGGUUCCGUCUGCUGGUGGAGCUGUUCCUCUCCUUAACUACCAACCAGCACUUUACCAGCAGGCCACCAUAAACAUCCCAGGCCUGACCCAACCCAGCAUCCCCCUGCAGACCCGCCCCACUCAGCUGUGUGCUCAGACUGAACCUUUCCAGCAAACCCUCAUCGUCUGCCCCCCCACCACUAUCCAAGGGCUUCCAUCUUCUAAUAAAACCUCUAGCUAUCCUGUCCGGAUGGAGAACACUGUUCCUGUUGUCCAGCAGAACCAGUCCACGCAGCCUCUUCAGAUUCAACCCAGCAUGCUGACGCAGGGCUCCUGCACGCCUCUGAUGGUGGCCACGCUGCACCCCCACACAGCGGGAGUGGCAUCCCAGUACCCGCUGCCCCUGGCACUGGGCUGUGGGGCAGGAAGGCCUGCCCUGCUGGAGCAGACAGCCACAGUGCUGCAGGCCUGGCCAGCGGGAACCCAGCAGAUCCUCAUACCCUCUGCAUGGCAGCAGGUGCCUGGCAUGACCAUCCACAACUCCAGCCACCAGCCCGUACUGACCGAAUCGCCUCUGGAGACCCUGCUGUCUGAGAGCGCCACACAGCAGACGUCAAGCUGGAGGGCGUCUCAGAGCGGUCAGCACAAUGGCGUCGUCCAGCAGAACCCACACCUCCUUAGCGGCCUUAAUCUCACUCAUUCUCUCAGUCGAGGAACGUCUGUGGUCACACGGUCACAGAACAAGAGGAGCAGAAUCUGUUGUGACACUGGCAGCAGCAGUGCUCUGGUGAGCUCUCAAUCAUUCAGUGCUAUUCUCACUCAGCCCAUCAUUAUCUCUGACACCCCGAGUCCUGCUGUCAGCGUCAUCACCAUACACAGUGACACUGAAGAUGAGGACGAGAGGAAGUUCCACCCUGCUAGCUGUGGCCCCAGCCACAGGACUAAUGUGAUCAGCUGUCUAACAGUUCACGAUUCGGACUCCUCCACCACUAGUCCUCUGACUCCCAAGCCCCAGAACGGUCACGCGAGGGUCCAGUCCUCACGACUCUUCAAAUCCCUGGCAGUGGUGGCUCCAUCUGUGAAAGCACAGCCUGUGGAAAGCUCAAUAUCAGCCAAAAUCCCAUCGGCUAUAGCUCUUCCACUGAAUUACUACAUGAAGCCUAAGAGAGCCGCUGUCGCAAGGCAGCCGAGCAGCUCUGGAGAGAGUGUCACUGACCACCAACAGGAGGAGCCCAGCAGAUCUCAACCACUCAACCUCAGUCAGACCACUGUCUCCUCGUCCCAAGAACCAUCCGGUGGCUCGUCCUCCCUGCGUCGACAGCACACGUACCCGCCGACCUCGUCUCAUUACUGUCUCCAGGAGGCCCCAUCGUUCACCAGCACCCCCAGCCUGUACCCCUACCCCACCCCCGCGUCCCACAUGAAGCACCUGCUCAUACAAGGCUCCUCCCCCUCCAUGCACGGCCCGCCCACGAGUCACUAUGCAGCCAGUCUUAUCCCAAAGGACUCCAUUGGAGGCGUGGUCCACGGACUCUCCGCCCACUACCAGCAACAUUACCCCGCCCAUCCUUACAUCAGCACCAGCACCAUUAGAGGAGGCGGGGCUUACAGCGGCUAUCAGCUGAGCCCGCGGAGGGUCCCUCAGUACCCCUACAUAUGAGACGCACGGACUGAUGUUCAGAUUUUACGACCGACAGGCCUGCCGUCAACUGCUGCAACUGGUUUUAUCUGUCCUAUUUAUGUUUUAGAAUGUUAAUAUUUAGAAAUCUAUCAUGUCAUUUUGCAUCUGUUUACUGAGAAAUCCAGUGUCCAGUUAGGCCAGUUUAUUUUCUUGGCUCAAGGAACGCUGACGUGUUUUUAAUUCGUAAGCAAUAGCGCGAUUAAUGCUGACAUAAUGGAACAGGGAUCGUGACGCCGUGUAUUGUCUGUUCGACUAAAAUCCUUACACUAAUCGUUGACUUGUUUUAGACUCCAUUUUGUUUUUAGAUUCAGUGCCGUGUUUUUGUUGACGAAGGGUCUCUUUUGUUUUUAAGUUAUGUUUGUUUGUGAAGCCGACUGGUUCUCAACCACUUUACUCGAAGGUCAAGAUGUGGAAAGAAAAAAAAAUGUAUUAUGUGCCCUGGUCGUAUUGUUAUUUAAGUUAGCGCUAUAUGUUAGUCCUGGUAGAAUCGUAGAGUGUAUGUUGUGAGGAAUAUCAGUGAAUACGAGGAACUUUUAUUUUCUUUUAAA